CUGCGCUCGCCACUGUGAAAAGGAAGGGGGGGGGGCGGGCCCUGCGCAAGGCAUUUUGGGAACGCGAGGUAUUCUGGGAGCGCGGGCCCGCCAUUCGCUCGCCUCACGCCUUCGUGGUCGCCAGUCUCCGCAGCACCAGAAAGGAAGAGACCGGAGCCGGACUCUCUUCCUGCCAAGAUGUCUAUUGGUGUGCCGAUUAAAGUCCUGCAUGAAGCGGAGGGUCACAUCGUGACUUGUGAGACAAACACCGGUGAGGUGUAUCGAGGGAAGCUCAUUGAAGCCGAGGACAACAUGAACUGCCAGAUGUCCAACAUCACAGUCACCUACAGAGAUGGCCGUGUGGCACAGCUGGAGCAGGUGUACAUCCGCGGCAGCAAGAUCCGCUUUCUGAUUUUGCCUGACAUGCUGAAAAACGCACCCAUGUUGAAGAGCAUGAAAAACAAAAACCAAGGCUCAGGGGCCGGUCGGGGAAAAGCUGCUAUUCUGAAGGCCCAAGUGGCCGCAAGAGGGAGAGGACGUGGAAUGGGACGUGGAAACAUCUUCCAGAAGCGAAGAUGAAUUUAUCUGUUGGACAGAAAUUUGCCCUUAUUUUUUCUUUGAGGUUGUCUGGGUUUGGGGGGUGCGCACCUGUGUAUAUGUCCUAGGUUAUCUUUUGACAUCAUUUUCUUUAGAUCAGGAGAUAUGUUAAACUAAAUAAAUAUGGUGAUGGUG